AUGACCUUGGUUGUUACCAAACCAUUGGCUCAUACCUGCAUGAUACUCCUUUCGGAUUGGUUAUGGGUCAGAAAACAGCUUACUUCUUCUGUUGUUGCAAAGUCUUUACUAAAUACUGCCAUGAAUACCUCUGAAGAGAACAUCGAAGUACCGAAAGUUGCCUUGGCCUCAUGGAACUUCGAAGAGGUGUCCACUUUCCUCUGUCUAGCCCUUUUCAUCCUUCUCAUUCUCCUCAUGAAGUAUGUCUAUCACAAACUCAAGUGGAUCAAUUCGUACGUACCUGAGUCACUAAUUCUCCUAGUAAUUGGACUUAUCUUUGGGGCGAUAGUCUGGUACGUUCCUGAAGCUGGUCCCAAACUAAAAAGUAUCAGACUGACACCAAGUCUUUUCUUCAACAUUCUUCUACCACCUAUUGUUCUCGAAUCUGCCUACAGCCUCUUCAAUCGUACAUUUGCCGACUACUUUGAGCCGAUCAUGCUAUUUGCAGUAAUGGGCACGGUGCUUAAUUUCGUUCUCAUCGGUUUCGGAACGUUUGGCAUUGAUGUACUGAUAGGACUGGGUGAACCUCUAAUCGAUUUGUCUAUCAAAGAACACCUUCUUUUUGCCUCUCUCAUUGUUGCAGUCGAUCCGGUGGCUGUAUUGGCAAUUUUUCAAGACAUCGGUGUAGAUGCAGGCCUCUACUACAUGGUAUUUGGUGAGUCACUACUUAAUGACGCCGUCACAGUUGUUCUCUACAACAUUAUGAGCGCUUUCGUAGCUGCAGAACAAAUCCUUGUCAAAGACAUUUUUGUUGGGAUCGGCUCCUUCUUCACGGUAUCCCUAGGUGGGGCACUAGUCGGCCUAAUUCUGGGAAUUUUAUCAUGUCUAAUUACUAGACUUUCCGCCUUAGCUGGAGCACUUCCUCUGAUUCUCAUGAGUUACAUCGCAUACAUGAUUGGCGAUCUUUUCGGAUGGUCAGGCAUUAUCUCCAUGAUAGUCUGCGGUGUGUUUCAAGCUGCCUAUGCCUUCCGUAAUUUAGCUCCUCUAGAAGUUAUAUUGUUACGGAACGCUGUUGAACAGAUUUCUUCUAUUUGCGAGGCUAUCAUCUUCCUUCUACUGGGCCUGGAGGUAAUGGCGACACAAUUAAUCUGGCAUACAGGAUUUAUAAUUACUGCUGUAAUAUUGUGUCUAUUUGCAAGGACCCUAAUCACCUUUGUGCUUUCUGCAAUUGUGAAUCACAACAAACCAAAACAUUCAAACAUUCACUGGUCUGAACAGGUAAUAAUAAGUUACGGAGGCUUGCGCGGAGCUGUAGCAUUCUCACUAGCCAUUCUAAUAAACCCUCAAUUCUUGGGUUUACAUGGAGAGAGAGCACGAAACGUUCUAAUUACGGCCACACUAGUGAUUAUCCUCUUCACCGUGGCAUUCAUGGGGAUAACGAUGAAGCCUUUGGUGCGUCUUCUUAACAUUCGCUUAGCCACAGACAAAGAAAAUAAGCUGUUAACAACUUUAAAUAACUCUGUAAUGAAUCAGGCCCUCUUGUAUAUCGAAACUUUGGUUGGAGAGCAAGGAUCUCAUCACUUCCGUGAGGUUCUCUAUCACCUCGAUGAUAAGUACAUUCGACCCUUCUUGCAGAAGAAUGCUAUGAGACAUAAUCAGAAAAUUAUUAGUGUUUAUGAAAAGUUUGCCCUAGCCUUCCACACAGACGCAAUCGAAGAUCGGAAAAAGUUGAAUGAAAUGAAUGAAAAGGAGGAAUCUAUGCAAACAUCGGGCAAUGCAAUUGCCGAACCUGGCGCUAGCCCGCGUCCACGACUUCAACGUUUGCAUACAAGUCCAUUUAAGGAGUUGGAUGAUGUGGAAGAAAGUAAAGUUUUCGGUCCUUCAGUGAAGUUGAGAAUGCCGGAUUAUGUUCGGCGCCGUGUUAAUGUGGCCAGUAUGUACCAGGGUGAGGAUUCCGAUAUCUAUGCGGCCCAUCGCAACAUUUACCACGAGGCCAAUGAUGCUCACUUCGCUCAGUUUAGUCGAGGACAAGAACGCCUAUGGGAGGCGCUGGCUGAACACAUUCGGGAGAACUCAAGGGGUGGAAUUCAUGUAAAGAACACCAGAGCUAUGAGUGUGGACUCUGCUAUCAGCGCCCCAAAAAGCCCUGUAAAACAUCGAUCUAGAAGACGAUUUAUGCGCCUCCACACUGAUGCCCCGGGCUACCGCAUACAUUCGCAAACACCUCCGCGGGAGAGUGAGGAGUUGUUGCAGCGGGAUAACGCUGGUCAUUAUUUUGCACGUAAUCCCAAAUCACCGAAAUUUUUAGCGCCCACUACAGAGAUUUAG